GAUGAGACUAUUCCUCAACGCGCCAGAAGCAAGUCUGAUGCCGAGAUCGACUAUUCAUCUUCGAAGAUCUCCACCGCAGAGAACUCAACCGAACAUUGCUCGUCGGGUACCCAAACCGACCUCUCGUUCGACGAUGCUUCGUCCAUCGGGCCUGCUGCCGUAACCAUUGACGGCACGCACGACACCCUCGACCAGAGCACUGAGGACUACGAAGCAAUCAGCACCGACGAGAUCUCGGUCGCUAACCGGGCACCUCACACAGAGCAAACCUGGUUCAACGGUGUCUUGGUCACGGCAGAGAACGCGCAAGCAAUCUUCUCGCCUGCGGCAUGCAUCUUUGUCGCAAAAACUGAGCUUGCGGACGAGGUCAAGGAUACCUUCGAGCAGAUCGGAGAGUGCUGGGUCAAGGUUCGCUUCGACAGAAAGAACAUUCCCGCUGCCUUUGUGCAAUUCAAGUCGAGGGAAGCCAUGGAAGCUGAUGCCCGCUUCCACGGUACCCAAAUCUCCGGACGUCCCUGCCGCAUUAAGUAUGCCAGAGCUCCACGUACCAUCUUUGUCGCACGCCGUGAUCAGCAGCCACUUUUCCCACCUGAGGCAAUGCACUACCUUCGUCCUUUCGGCAGAGUGGACCAUUGGUGGACUCCAUGCGUCACCGAGAGAGCUUUGUACAACCUGCCUGCCGGAGCUUUCUUCCGCUUCGAGUUGUUCCAGCCAUGCCAGGAAGCUCUGAGGGUAAGACUUUCUCACUUCUUCGACCUGUCCAUGUCAACCUUGCUGACCUGUCUUGAAAGGNCUCUUCGCGGUCACGAGACUCUCACCUUCACGCUCGCACAGGUGGAGAAGCGCAAGCCUGCUAUCACCUCCUACAAUACCAUCCUUCCUCUAAUCGUCCCUAACGCCAUCUACGUUGGUGAUCUGCCUUACCACAUCGACGAGAACACUUUGCGCCUGAUCUUCAGCCACUAUGGUCCUAUUACCGAUGUUGAAAUCCGCAAGACUUUCAGCAGUAAGUCGAUGCCUUUCUCUCGCCAUGUUUCAGUACUGACCAGUAACCAGAGGNGUAUCGCUUUCGCUUUCAUUUACUUUGAAAAGUCCAACGCUGCUGUCAUGGCCUGUCAAUUCCCUUACGCCUAUGUCAGCGGUGAACAUCUCUCUCGCGUCGAGCCCAAGCGUAAGAGACACGUCAAUCGCGGAAUUAUGCCUCAGAUCUACAACUACUUCGACGACAUGGACGGUGACAUGCCCUUCUUCCGCGGAGGUCGUGACUACACCUACAUGCCAGGCGACCCCUCCUACACUCCUCGCUCCAUGCGCGACAACUGGCCUCCUUAC